GCUGCUGUCGCUGUCGCGGGCUCGCCGCCGUCGGGCUCGGGUGGCAGCGGGGAGCCCCGGAUCCCCGCCUUGCCCGGCCCGCGGUGCCCAUGCCCGCCGCCCACCAGAAACUGCAGCGUCCUGGUUUUCCAUGCGUCCCAGAGAGCCUGUGGACAAAGAGGGGCUGCGUGGUCCAGCAGAGCCUGUGUAGCUAAUGGCUCCCAGGAUAAUGCCACUGUCCUGCUGCAGAGCCAUGCCCAAGAAUGAUGGUGCCAAAAAGCCGGCAUCGGAGAUGGUGCCGGACCAGCGCUGGAAGCUACAAGUCUUCUACCUCUGUUUCUAUGGCUUCAUGACACAGAUCCGGCCCGGGGAGAGCUUCAUCACCCCCUAUCUACUGGGGGCCAACAACAGCAUCACAAAGGCAGAGGUGACCAAUGUGAUCAUGCCAGUGCUGUCCUACUCCUACAUGGCUGUGCUGGUGCCCAUCUUCCUGCUGACAGACUACCUGUGCUACAAGCCCGUGCUGGUGCUGCAGAGCCUGAGCCACAUCUCCAUCUGGCUCCUACUGGUGCUGGGGACUUCUAUCUUGGCCAUGCAGCUGAUGGAGUUCUUCUACGGCAUCACCAUGGCUGCCCGCAUCGCCUACUCCUCCUACAUCUUCUCCCUGGUCACACCGUCCCGCUACCAGCGGAUGGCCAGUUAUUCCCGCUCUGCUGUGCUCCUGGGGGUUUUCACCAGCUCCGUGUUGGGCCAGCUCUGCGUCACCUUGGGUGGUGUCUCCUUCCUCACCCUCAACUACAUCUCCUUGGGCUUUGUCAGCUUCGGCCUCAUCCUCACCCUCUUCCUCGAGCGGCCCCGGCGCAGCCUCUUCUUCAACCGGCCCGGGAGGGCCAGUGACGCUGCUGUGCCCACUGAGCUGGACAGGAUGGCCGGGGGGCACAGCGGCGGGGGGACAGGGGGCUGGCGGGACAUGGUGCUGUGCCGUAUGCUGCAGGAGCUGGGGGCGCUGGCCAGGCAGCCCCAGCUCCGCCUCUGGUCCCUGUGGUGGAUCUUUAACUCAGCUGGGUACUACUUGAUGCUGUACUAUGCUCAUAUCCUCUGGAACGAGAUCUCUCCCACCAUGGACAACCGCCAUGUGUACAAUGGAGGUGUGGAUGCUGCCUCCACUCUGCUGGGAGCUGUCUCCUCCAUCGCUGCUGGCUACGUGAAGAUCCGCUGGACGCUGUGGUCAGAGCUCGUGAUUGGAGUGGUUACGGCAUUCCAGGCGGGAUUGCUUCUGCUCAUGAACUCCACCACCAACAUCUGGCUGUGCUAUGCUGCCUAUAUCCUCUUCCGUGGCUCCCACCAGUUCCUGGUGCCCAUUGCCAUUUUCCAGAUUGCUGCCUCCCUCUCCAAAGAGCUCUGUGCUCUCGUCUUCGGGGUCAACACCUUCUUUGCUACUGUGCUGAAGACCAUCAUCACCAUCAUCGUGGCUGACAAGAGGGGCUUGGGCUUAUCUGUGCAUCCCCAGCACCUUGGAUUUGCCCCCACCAAUCCAACCAGCUUUGCUGUGCCUUCACCAUUCGAGCCCAGCAAGGUGGCAUGUGGAGGGGGGGAUGGCAGUGUGGCAGUGCCUGCCCUUGGUACCACACAUGCUCAACACACACACAUACAGAGAAACAUGUGCCAGGGGCACAGCUGGCCACACCUUGGGGCCACCCUGUCACCCCAGUACCUGUGCUGGGCUGGCUGUGGCUGUACCUGGGCUGUGGGGGCACAGCCGGGGGUCCCCAGGAUGCAUGGAUGGGAUGGAGGAGACCACAUCUCCAUCAGAGCUCUGCUGGCUGGGAGGUGGAGGUGAGAAUGAUGAUGGGAUGGUCCUUACCUGGGGAGGAUGGAUACCAUCUGGGAGAGCCCCAGCAUCACCACAGGACAGUCCCUUGGGUGGGAUGCUGGUGUCUUGGCUGGAGAAGACCCUGUGGCCUCAGCAGCAGGGAUUUGGGUCCAACCCCAAGCUCCUGGUAAGGACAGUGCAGGGCCAGGGGGCUGGUGAGAGUGGCUUUUGGAGGGAACAGUCUGCAUGGCAGCACUGAAAUCUCCCUGCUAAGCAUCCUCCCACCCAGCCAUCCCAAAAAGAGCAUCUGAGGAGGGAGGGGAACAAGCUGAAGUGGUUAAAUAUUAGGAAUUAGAAGAGGAGGAGGAGGAAGGCCACCAGUCCAUGGCUGCCCUGCCCCGGGUGGGACCUGAGCCCCUGCCGACCCAGGGCAGGGGCCAUGGCAAUACUCUUUGGCUUCAGGUCUGCAGGAGAAGGAAACCCUGUGGGGCGAGAGUGGGCGCGUGGAAGAGGCUGAGGGGUCCAGGGGUGCUGGGGUGCAGGCUUGCCCAACCCUCCUCGGGGACAUGAGGGUACUUGGGAGUGCCAGGGCAGGUAUCACUUUUUGGUAGCAGUCAUGAAGCUGUUCUCAAUGCAGAGGACAAUGAAGGCGUGCUGACAGCUGCUGGCCGCCUGCUCCAGCAGUUUUCCAGAGGCCAAAGAGGAAGCCUGGCCCCUCACUGCACGCUCCUCUGUCCGCCAUGUCUCGCAGUAGCUCUCGGGCAGGCGCCGACCCUUGGCAUCUGAGCCAUGCCAGAUGCUCUUCUGCGGCCUGGAAGGGUGAAAGGUGGGGGGCUGCUGCUGCCCUGCCAUGCUCCAAACCCCAUUUCCUCAUCGCUCAAUCCUGCACUCACCAUCCUGCAUCCCGUAGGACAUCCCGGCCGUCAAAGGAGAGGAUGCGGGCACCAGUUCUCAGCGGGGCCCCACUACCCGUGAAAAGGGCUUCCCAGUUACUGAAGAGCACUUCAUCCUGGUGGGAAGGGUGGGAAAAUGGAGGAGGAGGGGGUUUAGCCCUGCCUACAGCACCCCAAGAGCAGCCCAGAUGCUCCAAGCCCCAGCAGCCUCUGGGAAGGGGAUGCUUCAUGAUGGAUGGGGGCUUUGCUGUGCUCUGCAUGCCAGACCUUGGUGGUGCUGGGUUAAUAGUUGGACUUGCGGAUCUUAAAGAGAUCUUUUCCAACCAUAA